UCUCUCUCUUUCUCUCUCUCUCUCUCUCUCUAUCAAACACACACACUUGGGCUGGCUCCAUGGUAUAGGUUUAUAAAAGCACAACGUGAGAAGGGCACGCGAAUCUGACUCUUGGAGAAAUCGCCGCGGAGCAGGGACUCGGCGCAUAGGGGAUUACUGACUGCUUUGGAACGUGAGAGUCGUCCUGCAGACAGCGGUAGAUAGACGACACAAUGAACGCGGCCGUACUCUUCAUACUAGGUUGCCUGGUGUGGGAAGGCUUGGGGUUUCCAGAGCCGGAGAAGAACCCUGCAUUCUGGAAUGAAUGGGCCCAGCGCACGCUAAAAAACGCUUUGACCCUCCAAGAGCUCAACAAAAAUGUUGCUAAGAAUAUCAUCUUAUUUCUUGGUGAUGGUAUGGGCAUUCCCACAGUGACAGCAGCACGGAUCCUGAAAGGUCAACUGAGUGGCCUGAGCGGUGAGGAAACUCAGCUGGAGAUGGACAAAUUUCCCUAUGUUGCCCUCUCUAAGACAUACAACACCAAUGCUCAGGUACCAGACAGCGCGGGCACAGCCACGGCUUUCUUGUGCGGUGUCAAGGCCAAUGAGGGUACGGUCGGAGUGAGCGCAGCAGCUGUUAGAUCCCAGUGUAACACCACUCGGGGGAACGAGGUCACUUCUAUUCUUAGGUGGGCCAAAGAUGCAGGUAAAUCAGUGGGAAUCGUAACAACAACACGCGUGAAUCACGCCACACCCAGUGCAUCCUAUGCCCACUCCGUAGAUCGUGACUGGUAUUCAGAUGGAGACAUGCCAUCUGACGCAUUGCAAAGCGGAUGCAAAGAUAUCGCCAGACAACUCUUUGAAAACAUUCCUGAUAUUAAUGUGAUUAUGGGGGGUGGACGGAAAAGCAUGUACCCCAAAAACACACCAGAUGUGGAGUACCCAUCAGAGAAGAAGCACAACGGUACCCGCAAAGACGGCAGGAAUCUGGUGGCGGAGUGGGUUGACAGAGUGAAGGAUAAGAAAGGUUUUUAUGUUUGGAACAAGAGGGAUCUCCUUUCUCUGAACCCAAAUAAUGUGGAUUAUCUGUUAGGCUUAUUUGAACCAGCAGAUCUGGCCUAUGAACUGGAGAGAAACAAUGAAAAUGAUCCUUCUCUCACCGAGAUGGUGGAGGUGGCCAUCAAGAUCCUGAAAAAAAAUGAACGUGGAUUCUUCUUGCUUGUGGAAGGUGGACGCAUUGACCACGGACACCAUGAGGGAAAAGCGAAACAGGCCCUGCACGAGGCUGUGGAGAUGGACCGGGCCAUUAAGCGGGCUGAUCUCCUCACCAGCAUUUAUGACACAUUGACAGUAGUCACAGCCGAUCACUCUCAUGUCUUCAAUUUUGGAGGCUACACGCUACGAGGAAACUCAAUCUUCGGAUUAGCACCCAUGGUGAGCGAUGUUGACCAGAAACCCUUCACAUCCAUUCUGUAUGGAAAUGGUCCUGGAUUUAAAUUGGUUAAUGGCGUUAGAGAAAACGUCUCAACUGUGGACUAUGAGCAUAACAACUAUCAGGCACAGUCGGCUGUUCCUUUGCGCAUGGAGACUCACGGAGGUGAAGAUGUGGCAAUCUUUUCCAAAGGCCCCAUGGCCCAUCUUCUUCAUGGAGUCCAGGAACAACAUUACAUUCCCCAUGUAAUGGCCUAUGCAGCUUGCAUCGGUCAAAACAAAGAUCACUGUCGUACAAAAUCUGGUUCGGCCCCCUCUCUUAAUCACAUCUCUCCUAUGCUGGCUGUUUUUCUCACAGUAACUUGGCUUUUUUGUUGACCUGUUUUGUCCUUUUUAUCUAUCACUAUUCUGUGAUUAGAUUAGUAACUAUUUUAACUAAUUCCUUCAGAUGGAGUUUGCCAUUUUUAUAAUAUGAUGUUUUUAAAAAAUUUCUUACCAACAUAGGGACCAAUGCCCGGGCAUUAUGAAGAGCCAGAUGUGAAUAUGGUCAAUAUGAAGAAUGUUUAUGAGAUUUUAUUGGGAAACAAAAGUAAAUUGUGGCCGAUUUUCAAACUUUCAUUUAUGAUAGUGUCUUAUGAUACAAGUUUAAAGUUUGCAUGAAUUGCAAAAGUGUUUCAAUGGUUUGCAAAAUAGCCCCUUUCACACAUACAGCACUUACUGGAUAAUUUCUAGGCAAUUUUGUAGUAACAAGAGGAGCUGUAUGAUAUCAUUAAUAAAAAAUUACUAUUUUGUUUCUUGUGCGAGUAAUAAAAAUGCCAGACACAUUGUGGACCACAUGUGUUCGCAAACAUUUGUUUUUAAAUCGUAAGGGUUUUUGGCACAUCACGGGAUUACCGGCAUCUGGUCCCAAUGUGUGAAUGUGAAUGGUAGUGAAUUAAAAAAGUAGGAAAACUUUCGCAAGUGCAAAUAAUUUUACGGCAAUUUACCAUGUUGGAUGUAUGAAAAGGGCUAAUGAAAGUCGAGGCAUAAUCAUGUCAAAGAUCUUUAUCUUACAUAUUUUGGUAGUAUGCACACUGCUAUGUCAAGACGACGUCUGACAAGAAACCAUACACACUCUAAAAACAAACGGUGCUAUAUAGCACCAAAAGUGGUUCUUUGCUCGUAAUCAUAGAAGAACCGUUUUUAGUGCCAUAUAGCACCGGUGAAGCACCUGUGUAGAACCAUAUAGUGCUAUGUAGAACCAAAUGUGGUGCUAUAGUGGUGCUAUAUGGCACCUAUAUGGUUCUACACAGGUGCUUCACCGGUGCUAUAUGGCACUAAAAACGGUUCUUCUAUGGUUACGAUUCAAAUCAACAGUUUUGGUGCUAUAUAGCACCGUUUGUUUUUUUAGAGUGCAGUACAUCAUCCUCACGUACUUCAUAUAAAUGUGAGUUCAACGUACGUGUUCACGUCUGGCAAAUUGUUGGUUUGCAAUCUGCAGUACUUUCCUUAAAUUGUUUCCUGGUGGGUGUUAAAAAGACAUGUGGCAGACGUUAACGGAAUGUUUAUGAUUAACAUCUUUGUUUGGAUGUUUAAAUGUCUGAAUUUAAUCAUUGAGAUGUGAUGCUUUCCAGAAAAUGCACUCUAAGCGGUGUAUCCGUACUAGCUGGAGAUUUGGUCGUUUAAAGGUUAAAUAUCUCAAUACAGAAAUCACUGUUAACUGUUGCUUAACACAUUGUGACCCUUUACUUAGCAUUUGCUCUAUUUGUGACUCUGCCUGUGAAACAAUGGCUAGUCGCGUAAUCUAAUUUUGAUAUUUAGAGCGUCAAAGUAAACAUUGUGAUUAUUGCUGUAAAUUACAGAUUUAAAUGACUUUUAUUUGAAACAUGAAAAAUACUGAAAUGAAUGAUUUUAUUGACACUACGUUUUUAUUUUUCUGCACAAAAAUACCCAAAUUUGGCUUGGUAACCAUUGACUUUCGGUCACAUUUUACCUAAAUUUUUAAUCAAAUACAAUCUACCUCAAUGGUAUGUGAUGGUCACUCCAAGGACUGAAGUUGGGUCAAUCAAAUCACCAAUAGUCCCAUCUGAAGAGGCAAAGCUAUUUUUAUAUAUACGUUCCAUUUCCCCAUGAAGAAGCAAUUUUUUGUUUGUUUAUGCCAAAAGACCUUUUCCUUUUUAAAUUCAUGUUUUAUUUUGUGUUUCCCACAAAAAUAAUGUCUAUAAAUCUUUAAAUUGGCAAUUUUACGGUCACAUUUUACAGUAGGGUUGUAUUUGUUAACAGUUGCAUGAACAAACAAUGAGAAAUAUGGUUUAGCAUCAUUUAUUUGUGUAUGUUAAUGUUUCGUACUUCCAAUACAUGUUAGUUGUUCAUGUUAGUGAACAGUUACAACUUUUGAUUUUAAAAAUGUAUUCAUAAAUGCUGAAAUUAAAGGGCCCAUAUUACUCAAAAUCCACUUUUUCAAGAUGUUUGAACAUAAAUGUGUGUUGGCCGUGUGUGAACAAAACAACCCUACAAUGAAAAAAAAUCCAGCCACUUUUUCUUUUUUAAUCCCAAUUAAACCAGAGCAGUCUCAUUAGACAUGCUGUUUUGAUUCUCUUGUUAAUGUGACGUCACACAAAGCCCCGCCCACGGCCACUGACUGACUGCUUAAUUUUAACCAAAAGGUUUUCGUAAUGUAUUUGUUAGCAUGUUGUAGCAAAAUACUAUUGUCCCAGACUGUAUUCACAGGAAUCAGAUUUAUUUUUUACCGAAAGUAGUAGCUCAUUUGCAUUUAAAGGUACACACAUGAAAACAGCACUUUUUGCUCCCGCGAAUUUUUAACAUGAUAUAACAAACGAUCUGUGUGGUAUUUUGAGCUGAAACUUCAGAGACACAUUAUAAAUGAGCUUAAUAUGGGUCCUUUAACAGCAACUAAGAUAAAUAAAUGUUGUAAAAUUAUAUUGGUCAUUCAUGUUAGCAAAUGCAUUAACUUAUGUUAAUAAAUACAACCUUUUUGUGAGGUGUUUUUACCUAGAUUGCUGUAUCUGACAACAAUACCUUAUCAGACCAAACAGGCUGUCUUUCAAGUACUGACUGCAACAUCUGAAUGAAAAUUUAAAAUGUGCAAUUAUUGUGUUUAUAUCUGUAGCAGUCUAUGAGCUCAUUGAAUGUAUUGGAUUUCAUGUCAAUGACUGUGAUUUUUAUUUUGAAGUUUUUGUUCAUUUGAACCUGUUUUUAAACAUGCUGAAAGAACAGACAUAACAGAUGUCAUAAAAACUACUAAGGUCUGAGACGAAAGGAAAAAUAAAGAGUGAGAGCGUGGGAAAAA